UAUUACUUAGUAAUCAAAAUGACGAAAUAUCGAUCAGUCAUUAUUUGUUCAAAAUGGCGGCGGUCGGGAUGCGAAGAUCCUUGCCGCUGUUUCGACAUCCUGGAGUUGUCUGGCAAGCAAACAGGUCGUUGAGGCUGUGUUGAUGCCGGUUUUCGCCGGGUUUUGACGCAAUAUUGAGGGAUAAAACCUACAGCUCUCGUGACACUAAAUUCACUUACCUAAACCGAGAACCAAGAAGAACGUUAAUAGGAUCUUUUAUUCCGAAUCCACUCAGUGCUUCUCGGAGGAAAAAGUAUUCCGAAAGGCGACUGCUUGGUUACUCAAUGGAGGACAUGUAUGCAGUUGUGUCAGAUGUUGAGGAUUACAAACACUUUGUUCCUUGGUGUAGGGACUCUGCAAUUUUGUCCAGGAAGCCAGGUUACCUGAAAGCAAAACUAGCUGUCGGCUUCCCACCUGUGGUGGAAAAGUAUAAUUCUGUUGUAACUAUGGUUGCACCAAACUUAGUCAAGGCUGAAUGCACAGAUGGGGAGAUGUUCAACUACAUGAAGACUGUUUGGAAAUUUAGUUCAGGUUUACCUGGAAACCCUAAUACUUGCACACUGGAUUUUUAUAUAGAGUUUGAGUUUCGAUCUGUUCUCCAUUCUAAGCUCUCAACUGUCUUCUUUGAUGAAGUGGUGAAAAAAAUGGUAAAGGCAUUUGAAAAGAGGUGUUACUAUCUCUAUGGGCCAGGCCAUCUCCACACUGCUAAAUCUAGAACAGUACCUGCAGGGGCAAGAUGACACAAGUAGAACAUAUUGCACAAUCUCUGAAUGAUGUAUGGAUGCUAAUGAUGGAUGCCAUCCUUUUAGUAAUAAUUUCACCACAGAAUUAUAUUUAUAAAAUUAUUUUACACAUCAGGUGUUACAAGACAAAUGCAACUCAGUAUGUUUGAAACUAUUUACUACUUUGUUGCAUCAAUAGAGUACAAAAAAGACAAUAUGAAGAUUCUAAACAGGGUUUAAAAAAGUAUUGUUGGUUGAAGAUACAAUAAUUUGUCGUUUAAAUUUUCAGCAAUUAUGUAGUUACAGACCAUCUGCAUUCAUUUAUUUCCUCUCUUGAUGCUAACAAGAAUCAAUUACCAGUAU